AAUAUAAGAAACUUGUGAUCUUGGAAAAGUAAACUCAUUAAACAUAUGGAAUUUGUUUUAUCUUCAGGUGAAGAUCAAAAUUCUAAUAUUACAGCUACAGAAUUUGUUCUCUUAGGAUUUUCUGAUGUCCCUCAUCUCCAGUGGAUGCUGUUUGGAAUAUUUUUGCUCAUGUACUUGACUAUUCUGAUCUGCAAUGGCAUUAUAAUGCUGCUAACAAGAACUGAUCCUGCUCUGCAGACCCCUAUGUACUUUUUUCUCAGCAACUUUUCUUUUGUGGAAAUCUGCUAUGUAACAGUCACAAUCCCAAGGAUGCUCAUGGACCUUUGUACCCAAAAAGGGACUAUUCCCUUGUUUUCCUGUGCUGUACAACUCUGUUUUGUCAUCAUGCUUGGAGGUAUGGAGUUCCUCCUCCUGACGGUCAUGGCCUAUGACCGUUAUGUGGCCAUUUGCAAUCCUCUGCACUACCCCCUGGUCAUGAACAAUAAGGUCUGUGUGCAGCUUGUGGCUGCUUGCUGGAUCAGUAUUAUUCCAGUUGUGACUGGACAAACUUAUCAAAUUUUCUCUUUGCCUUAUUGUGGAUGUAACAAAAUUAAUCACUUUUUUUGUGACAUCCCCCCACUACUCAAGCUUGCUUGUGGAGACACAUUUGUGAAUAAUUUAGCAAUCUAUGUUGCUUCGGUGGUGUUUAUUAUGGUUCCUUUUCUGUUGAUUAUUGUCUCCUAUAGCAAGAUUAUCUGCAACAUUCUAAAACUGUCAUCAGCAGGAGGAAGGUCGAAAGCCUUCUCCACCUGCUCAUCUCAUCUUAUAGUUGUGGUUUUAUUCUAUGGAACAGCUACUAUUACAUAUGCACAGCCACAAUCAAACCAAUCAGAAAGCAUGGGGAAGCUGCUGUCUCUUUGCUACACCAUUUUGAUCCCAUUGUUGAAUCCCAUUAUAUAUACACUACGGAAUAAGGACAUCAUGGUAGCACUAAGAAAAUUACAAACUAAGUUAUCAACAUAUGGGAACACUUAAAAUUACAG